ACAGUGGGAAAAGCGAUCAAUUAUGCAGAGAGUGAGGGAGGAGGAGAAGGAGAGGAAAGUUAGAUCAAGAGAGGGAAGUCGAGAGAGAGAGAGAGAGAGAGAGAGAGAGAGGACCGGAGAAUGGAGGAGGAGAGGGUGGACUACGUGGCGGUGCCGGUGGGGCUGGCGAUGCUGCUGAUAUACCACGGCUGGCUCCUCCUCACCGUCCUCCGCAACCCUCGCCGGACCGUCAUUGGCCUCAACGCCGAAUCCCGGCACCAGUGGGUCCACUCCCUCAUGGCCGAUCCCCUCAAGAAUGGAGUUUUGGCGGUUCAAACAAUCCGAAACAACAUCAUGGCAUCCACACUUUUGGCUACGACGGCUAUUACUCUCAGCUCACUGAUCAGUGUCUUCGUCAGCAGCACAUCAAGCUCCACGUCUUCUCAGCUAGUCUAUGGGAACACGACCCCUCUCCUCACUUCAGUGAAAUACUUCUCCAUCUUAGUAUGCUUCCUCGUGGCCUUCCUCUGCAACGUCCAGUCAAUUCGGUACUACGCCCAUGUGAGCUUCUUGGUCACCCUUCCCACCUCAAUGGGCAAAAGAGACUCAAUCGAAUAUGUUGCGAGGAACUUGAACCGGGGGAGCUACUUCUGGUCCUUUGGGUUGCGAGCAUUCUAUGUUUCGUUCCCCCUUUUCCUCUGGAUCUUCGGUCCCAUUCCCAUGCUUGUGUGCAGCUGCGUGAUGGCCUUUACCCUCUAUUUCUUGGAUACAACGACGAGUUUCACAAGGCAGCUUCAUACAUGCUCGAUGAGGCAGGAAGUGAAGCCUGAGGAUCAGGAGCCAGUCACUCCUAGCCUGCCGUAAGUUCGUAGGUGACAUGUCAAUGUUUCUUUUGUACAAGAAUUGCUUCAGUCAGGUAUGCUCGAUGUCUGUAAUCCAAUGGGAGCAGUGAGGCUACUGAUUAAUGUAUCUGAUCUACUCUUCGUAGCGUCUCUUCUUACCUGUUUGCAACCCAGUUAGAGUGAUCAGUAGAUUAAUUGUACAGCGUCUUAAAUCAGGCUUUGGCUUUGAUGGUGUAAUAUUAAGCAAUCGCUCGAAACAUUAAAUAAAGCUAGUUCUUGAAACCUUUAUCGGUUUCAUAUUCACCUUAA